UCAGACAGUCACAAGGAAACGCUCCCACCAAUCGGAGUCGAGUAGGCGUGGUUCCGGUCGGCCAAACUCACGUGGGCCUGAUGUGUUGCGUUCUGCGAGAGAAAUGGAGGGACGCACGAGAAACUGGAGCAAGUGAUUAUUGAACAUAAACAUAAAUUCUUUCAAUGGAAGACUCUACGUAACAAUCUAUUAAAGCGUCACCUUCAUGGAUUUCUGUAUAGACCUUCUCUGUUGAUGUGGACAGAGACAGCGGAGCAUCUAGAUUGCGGAUCAGACCUUCAGUAGAGGAGGGCAGCGGUCGGUGGAGAGCGCGCAGCGGGGAAUGCCGGGAGGAGACGGCUUUCCCGAUGGAGAAGAGGAGAGCUCUUCUCCAAGCUCCGGCAAGCGUGCGGUGCAGACGGACCAAACUGAGAGCGGGCAGGACCCUGGGACCAGCGGGACCGGAUCGGGUUCGGGUGAGGAGGAGGAGGCUGAGGAGCAGCCAGGAAGAACCAGCAGAGGAGAGAGCUCGCCGGGGUGCGAGGAGAGCGGUGGAGAACAGGCUCACGAGGACGUGGACAUGAGCAGCGGAAACGACAGCGUCGGCGGGUCACGACAUCAUCACUCCUCGGCCAAUCGCAGCCCUGGAAGCACCACGGGAUCGGGAAGCACCAAGAGUUCGAAAUCUGCCACUGGUUCGUCGUCGUCGUCGUCCAGCUUUCACAGCGCUCAUCACACAGAGUGCAGUGAGCAGACGGAGCACGGCCGCAAGCAGACGCACCGGGAGAUGACGCAGACGGUGCAGGAGAUGAAGAAACGGCUGCCGUCUGAGAAGAGAAGCCGCAGCAAAGCCAGCACUGUAGAGGCACUGAACUACGCACUGAAAUGUGUCAAACAAGUACAAGCGAACAGCGAGUACUACAACUUACUAAUGAGCAGCGGACUGGAGGAGAGACGAGACGCUACCGUGUGCACGCUGGAGGAGCUGGAGGGAAUCACAUCUGAACACACGCUCAAAAACACUGACACGUUUGUGGUGGUCUUCUCUCUGGCCUCGGGGAAGGUGGUUCACGCGUCUGAACAGGCCUCCAGCGUGCUUCACUGCAAGAGGAAGUUUCUGGAAUCUGCCAAGUUCGUGGAGCUGCUGUACCAUCAAGACGUCAAUGUGUUUUACUCGCACACUGCACAACCGCGGCUGCCGCCCUGGAACGUGGGCACAGACAGCGUGGCGGUUCUGUUUGAAUGUGCCCAGGUCAAGUCUUUCUUCUGUCGAAUCAGAGGAGGGAAGGAUCGAGAUGGGGAAAUGCGCUAUAGUCCUUUCCGGAUUACUCCGUAUCUGCUGAAGGUUCAGGGCCUGAGCGGAGAGGAAGAGCCGUGCUGCCUGGCCCUGGCUGAGCGCAUGAUCUCCGGAUACGAGGCCCCUCGCAUUCCCAUGGACAAGCGCAUAUUCAGCACAACUCAUUCGCCGGGCUGUGUCUUUUUAGAAGUGGAUGACCGUGCGGUGCCUUUACUGGGCUACCUCCCUCAGGACCUGAUCGGUACUUCAGUUCUGACCUGCCUACAUCCAGAUGACCGCCUGCUCAUGCUGGCCAUGCACCGCAAAAUUCUGAAGUACGCGGGUCAGCCUCCCUUUGAACACUCGCCCAUCCGCUUUCGCUGUCAGAAUGGCGACUACAUCACCCUGGACUCCAGCUGGUCCAGCUUCAUCAACCCUUGGAGCCGUAAGGUGGCCUUCAUCAUCGGCAGGCACAAAGUUCGCACUGGACCUCUGAACGAGGACGUUUUCGCUGCACGGAGUAAAGCCGAGCAGCCGAUCAUGUGUGAGGAUGUUAAAGAACUGCAAGCCAUGAUUUACAAGCUCUUUCUUCAGCCGGUUCAUAAUAACGGAUCCAGUGGCUAUGGCAGUCUGGGUAGUAACGGCUCUCAUGAGCACUACAUCAGUGUGGCGUCGUCCAGCGAUAGUAACGGAAACCUCUGGGAGGAUUCGCACAGAGAACCGAUGACAUUGCAGCAGUUUUGUGCUGAUGUGAAUAAAGUGAAGAACUGGGGCCAGCAGGCGUAUCUGGACUCCCGGAGGAAGCUCACUCCUUUAGGACCAGCCACUGCAGUGGCGACAGCCGGCGUUCAUCGUAACACUAGUCAGGGUUUGAGACUUCGAGAUCAUGUAAAGCAGUCUCUACAGGAAGCGCGGAAACAGCCACACAUUCCAUCCUACCAGCAGAUCAACUGUGUGGACAGCAUCAUCAGGUAUCUGGAGAGCUGUGCCACAUCUGCUCUGAAACGAAAGAGCGCAUCUUUGUCCAUAGCUACAUCAUCUUCUUCCUCCAUGUCUGAGGAAGACAAACCAGCAGCAGUUGCACAUGAAGACACCGUGAACGCAGAUGAAGCAGCCUUGGAGGGCCCCGGUGCUCUGGACAGUCAGGUGUCUGCGGGUUCGGCUACGACGGCUGCGGUGGUGGGAGCGCCGCUUACAGACAUCACCAUCUCCACAGAGGCCAUGAGCGUGGUGUCUGUCACCAGCCAGUGCAGUUACAGCAGCACCAUCGUUCACGUACCCCAGCCCGAGUCAGAGGUCACUGCCUUAGAAGAUGCUCCAAUGGGUAGUGAGCCGACAGACUCCGCCCCCACCCCUGCACGCCCCGGCCCCAGCACCUCCUCAGCAGCUCAGGAGGAGUUGCUCGUGGUGGGUCUUACUAAAGAGGUGCUGUCAGCCCACACGCAGAAGGAGGAGCAACAAUUCGUUGAUCGUUUCCGGCAUCGUAUCCUGCAGAGUCCCUACAGCUCCUACCUCCAGCAGGACAACAGCAGCAUGGCCCAUUCUCAUCACAGAGCUGAUGUCGUGCGUCCUCCUAACAAACACAAGCGUCCCAAACCAGAAGACUCAUCUGACAGUUACGGCUCCCAGCCGGGUAACUACUGGUCACUUCCAGGCCCCACAGGAGCGCCUCAUUCUUCCUGGCCUUCCUCAGAGUCCUCUCAGCCCCCUCCGUCUAACAUCGGCUUUGUGCCGCCCAUGGCAGUGCCCAUGCAAACGGCCCCAUACUUCACUGUGGUCGGCGCCGAUCAGCAGCCCAUGGUGGUGCAGCCUGACCAAGGAGUCCAGAACCUCCAACCCAUGCAUCCUAUGACUCCCAUGAUGGUGGUCCUGCUUCCUAGCUACCCCAUGUACCCCGGGAACACUGGCAUGUACCUGCAGGGGAUGCCCGUCCCCGUGCCCGGAGUCGCUCCCCAGCCUCCCUUUAAUAUGAGCGGCUACAUCCCACCUGGUGGACAUGUACCACAUGGGUCUCCAUCACAGGGCCAUUCUCCAGGGCCCACCGCCACAGGAGUCGAGAUGGGACAGGGUGCCUCCGUGGAGGUGGACUCGAUACCCUCCCCGUGGUUUGGGGAAGACCUUGAUGCAGCUCAGCCCACAGCGCUCUUCUCCAGCUCUCGCUCCAGCUCACCCAUCCAACUGAACUUACUCCAGGAGGAGCUGACCAAACCCAUCGAAGCCCAGAACAGCACCGCUCCAGAGAGUCUGCACGAACACCACGCCAAAGCGGAAGAAUCUCCGAGUGACUCCGGUAACCAAGACGCUCAUUCUACCUCCAGUGAAAUGCUUGACCAGUUGCUGCAGGAGGACGCCCGCUCAGGAACCGGCUCUAAUGCCUCCGGCAGUGGCUCUGGAGAGUCGGGAGGAUCUCUGGGCUCCGGCUCAGGACUCGGAUCUAACGGAACAUCUACCAGCCAUACCGGCAGCAGCAACAGCAGCAAGUACUUCGCCAGUAACGACUCUUCAGACACGUCACGGAAAGCACGCAAGUCCGUGGAGGUCCAGGAACGAGAGCGCACGACCUUCAAAAAGCAUGUGGACAAUCCGUUAUGGAGCAUGAUCAAGCAGACGCCCGAGCCCGUCAUGAUGACCUAUCAGAUCGGUCUCAGGGAUCAGGCGCAGGUUCUUCAGGAAGACCGCGAGAAGCUGCUUCUGAUGCAGCCCAUGCAGCCCUGGUUCACUCAGGACCAGAAGAAGGAGCUGGCCGAGGUUCAUCCCUGGAUCCAUCAGCACACAGUCCCACAGGAGAUCAACACACAGUAUUGUGUGAGCUGUACCAGCAUGGAACCGGGCGACGAACUGAACCUUCAGACCGACUCUCCGAGCCCUCCGACUCCCGACAGCUCCUGUCCACAAGACUGUCCAUCUCAGGACACCAGACCCAACACCGACACCUGACCACAGACCCUGCUGGACCUCAGUGAUUCUUCUGCGUGGGAAGAGACGAACGUCGGUAUCCGCGUGUCAGGGUCUCAUAUUUCCUAAAGUCACAAAACGAGUCGAGCCCCUCUCACUCGAUCAGAACACGUAAACUGAGUUUGGACACUCGGAGGAGACGGCGAGCGGGGAGUCACAUGACCAUGCACUUCUCUCUGCUGUUCUCCUUUACAGUCCAUGGACCCAAACAACUGUGAAUAUCAGACUAUAAUUUGGUAGUGAUGUCACCAAAAAACAGGUUUUUGUUCAUUAAUAUUGUGUGCUCUGCUGAAUCUUAGAGGCUCAGGAGAUCUCCCAGAAAUACCUGUGAUGAGUUUCCUGACCACUUUCACAGAUAUAAAUGCGUAUAAAUGUCCCACAAUCCUGGAACAUCCAGUGCAGUUACUAAAGAACAUAAGCACUCACCGGCAAAAAACAAACAGUCUACGAAUGGAAAUGAACGAUAUUUGGUCCAGAAGACCAAAAAUCUCCAUUCCUUAUUGAACUUAUCCAAUCCAACCAGAUAAUUUGAAGGAUGCCUUAAAUUAGUCUUUCCGUCAGCGUGUUUCAGUUUUCUGUUUUUAGUUUAAAGUUGUUGUUUUUUUUCCAUUUGUACAUGUGACUGAACGACGUCAAGCAAUGUUUUACCAUGCCACUAAAGUAAUGGUGUAAUUGUAAAAUACAGACAUUGUUUUCUUGUGUAUGUCGGGUUGAUAACUGAACUCAUACCAGGGUCACAUUUCACCACAAAAUAAAACAAUUACACUUCACACAAAAUUAGAAACAACAAUUUUCAUCAUGUGAAUUUGGGAGAAAACAAAUUUGAUUAAUUUUAAGAAUUGCUAAUUGCAUUGCUAUUUUUUUUUUUUUCGAUAUGCAUUAAUAAUAAAAAUAAAACACUAUUUCAAAUAUCUUUUUAUAUUUGAAAUUAUUGUUGUUGUUAUUAUUGUUAUAUGUUCUAAUACUUCUUUUUGAAUUGUGACCUAAACACUCUCAGAAAAAAGGUACAAUAGCAGUCACUGGGGCAAUGCCAUUAAAAGGUACACCUUUGUGUCUUAUUUACCACUACAGGGUCCAUAUUAGAACCUCAAAGGUAUACAUUAGUAUCAGCACCUUUAUUUCUGAGAGUGUAAAUAUAUAAAACUUCUCCAUCAUAAAGUAACCCCUCAAAAAACUGCCACACAAUUUUCACCAAAUCUCAUUUUAUCUUGUCUUUUUUUUUUUUUAUUUAUUUAUUGAUCUGUUGUGUUCAGAAAGGUGUGUGUGUGUGUGUGUGUGUGUGUGUGUGUGUGUGUGAGGGUGUUUCCUGUAGUGUUUCUAUGAUAUACAUUAUUCCUUUCCGGUUUUUAGGCUGUUGCAGAGAUCUGCCAAAAGCCCAAUUACUGACCCAUCAGUCCCACCCGACAGAAAACUCAUGAUUUGUACAGUUUUGUGAUCAAAGAUAAAUUUUGUACAGUUUUUAGAAAGAAAUGUAAAUAUCGAUCCAAUGUAUUUUAUGAAAAAAAAGGUGCAAAAUACAACAAACUGUAUAAAAAAAGCCAUUUUUGUGUCAAAUUCAGGGAAAUAUUUUGUGACACCACAUAACUAUGAAUAAAACACCACAAUGACUUAAA